AUGCAGGCUACAUUCACGGCUCUCAAUAUCGAACCGGACGAUCAAAUUGACGAUGAGGUCGACAACACCAAGGAACUACAGAUUGAAGAGGCUUUGAAGCUUUAUCAGGCGGCGCUGAAAUUACACUCCCAAGGGCCUGCCGCCUUUGCGCAAGCUGCGGAAGCUUAUACCAACCUUUUCAAGUCGGAAAUAUUUAGAUACCCAGAGACGAUUACAGAAUUUGACAGAAUUGACCAGAACCCCGAGCUGGAGCUUAUCGACCAUUCUUUCGUCGCUGAUACUAACCUUGGAGGGGCGGGCAUAGAUGAUGCACCUAGUACACUGCCACAGAUUCUCUAUCUUUCCUACAAGAACCAUGGUCAGUUUAUUCUGGAUUGUGUGAAAGGGCGACUCGCACACUCAGAGGCUGUAGGAGACGCGCUAUUAGACAAACCCUCCAUCGACUACCAAGCCAGAGCGGCGUUAAAUUACUUCACGUUGGCUUUAGUCAGUGAUCAAUCAGACACGGAGCUAUGGAGACGAGCUGCCAGGGUCGCGUCAACGUUAGGAAGUCGAAGUAUCGCGAGAUACUGUCUCGAGGCUGCGGUCGAGGUCGACGAUGACCCCACUGUUGCAGAAAUAGAUCCUGCGUCAUUGGAAGAAGGUUUCGCAGGAGAACAAUUGAAGGAGCAGCUUGAGGUCCUUGGAGAUGAGACCGCUUUAUCACAUCCCAUCAUGGGGCCUUUCCUCAAGAGAAAGAUGCCGGAAUAUUUGAGGAAAUAUGUUGAUCCAUAUCCAUUUUUGCCCGACUCUACGCGGGAACUAGAGUCCAAUACCGAACUGUCUGAGCCUCAUCGUGGAAUGAAUACUCGACAUGUUAUCAAAUCUCAAUUUCGCUCUUGGACUGCCAUUGGUGAUGUGCUUGUUGGGACUUACCUUUCACCUCUCGGGCUUUCGGGAACCGGAGUUUUACUCGAAGUGCCUAUGGAGCAAGACAUGGAGCCUGAGGUCGAAACGGUCGAAGACCAGAUCAUGAAAGACAUCGGAGCAAUGCAAUCACCAGCCGUUGAAAGCAGUGAACAGGCCGCUGCCACACCAGUCACCUCAAAAUCAGACGACACGCCGGUGCCAAUGGAGACCGAGGUUACAAUGACCACAAGUGUACCACUAAUGGACGAGCAACCUAGAGAAUUCAGCGCUGGUCUACCAAGCAGAAAAAGAUCCCAGUCGGCAGCUGGGAUUCGUGACACUACCGAGGAAGACAAUAGCACUCAGAAGCGAAGCAAACGUAUUAGAAACCGUGACAAUACAGAGGGCACGUUGGAUGCGACAGCUCAAUUCUCUGAGCAACUGCAAUUGUCCAUGAGAGCAGACGAAGAUGUCUUCAAAUUUGUUGGGGAUAUUCUGAGUAAAUUAGGUGUUGAUGAUCUCGGUACAUUUGCUGAUUUGCAGGUUGCUCUAUCUAACGAGGAUGCAUCAGACCGAACCGAAGUGGUUACGAAUACUGCCCUGAGAGACUUGCGCGAUAUUUUGAGAACGUGGGAUGAUCAGAAAGCAUCGACCUUCAUUAAUGGUAAUGCUGCAGACAUUUUGGGGUCCUCUGCUGCCAGCGCAAAUGCUGGUCUUGCUGCAUUUCUCGAGCAGUCUAAGACGGGACCUCAAAAAGCAAGCAAUUUUCCUUCUUUUUCAGAGUCUGAGGGCUUGACAUCUUUUAUCGCUAAAGUCGAGUCUUCAUGGCUUCCUCUUCAGGAUGUCAUGUACGAAUGGGCUCUCGCGGUUGUGCAAACUUAUCGAUCCACUCUGUGGCCCGAGGAUUUGAAGGUGGCAGUAGUACGAAUCAUAAGCUUUGGAGACGCCGAUAUAUUCAUCCGAUUUCAAGAAGAAAUAGAGACCACAAGGAAGAUGAGUGAUGGCAUGAAACUUCAAAUACUGGAAGAAUUAGCUCAAACUAUGUUUGAGCUCCAUCUCGACAUUUAUUCUCGGAUCACAAACCCAAACAGUAUUGUUCACUAUGAAACGCGCGUUAUGGCGAAAGACCGCUUAGACAGAUGGGCCGAUCUUACCACUGAUGUUAUACGGUCACGAAACUGCGAAGCGAAUGAUGAAAUAUCCUUGAGAUACAUGUGGGCUUCUGUAUUUUAUGCUACCAUGGCUGAUAAUGUCUCCCGAGAGCAUAAGGUACUCUGCUGGACCGAUAUGAAAGCACUUUUGGAGGGGUCGGGCAAGGCACCUAUAGAAUUGCAAAACAAUGCUGUAAUGCCAGAAAUCUCAGUUGACGCUGCCGAACGGGAAGUUUCCAGAUUGACGACCAUGGACUUCUUCUUCAAUCUCUUCCAGACAGAUAAAUCAGACCCGAUCGCCAUCAUAGAGACUUUGGAGCCAGUGCUGGACCCUGAAUCUGCCUGUGCGCCAGUGGAGUCUGCUGGCGAUGCGUCUUCAACCGCCGAUACUAUCGACGGUACGCCUGCGGCGCUUAAAGAUAUGUGGAAGUUCUUGAAGAGCGGGAGCACGUCUCUACGAUUGUUUCUUUGGCAAAGACUUCGCGAUGCGUAUUCCGGCAUUGGUUACAACACCAAAGUAUUUUCAUGCCAUUUGAAAAGUAUAGAGAUUAUUGUCGAUGAUCUUCGAGGGGAAGACUAUGUUGACAGUGCCGAUGAACCACGACGGCAUAAACUGUUAACUUGGCUUAAAGCUUUGGACGACUUGUUGGUCAAAGCAUUAACAAUCGCGUUAAAUGAUGCAGCUUCAUGCUUCGAGAUCAUUGACGAGAGGCAUCUGAAGACAACAUCUGCUGCGAUUGCACAAUUAAGUCGAGUACUACAUUCCGCGGCGCUUUUCGAUGAUGAGGUACGGGUUGGAAUGACACCGCUGCCCCAAACACCGGCAUACUCUGCCCAAGGAUCUUUCAAUGGGUUCCUUACCAAGCUUCGUGAGAUGCAAGUCCGGGCGUGGGCCUUGCAAUACACCAUGGUCAAGGAGUCGAUGGCACAAAACCCAGAAAUGUUUCUUACCGCCAAUGACCAUCUCGCAGAUUUCUUGGCUUUAGUACACUAUUGUCUUGGGAUCCGUAAAUGCUGCAAGGUUUCCAAUAAGAUCUUCCUCAAGAUGAUGAAGGUCGAAAUGAUCAGACUCAAAGAAGUUGACAAAUGGGAAGACUACCUUGGACAGGUACUUUUUGAUUUAUACGGCAUUCGCCUCGGAGUUGGGACAUACCUUCUGGAAGAUCACGGCUGCCCAACUGAAGCCCUCGAUAGACGUACCGUCAUGAACAUCGCUGAUCAAGUCAUCUCUUUGGCAACGGCAAUGCCAGUGAAGGAUCUUCUGAAGCAUGAGCUUCGAUCCACGAUUGAAAAGAUGCAAACGGCGGUUGGUCCUGCAAAACCUGUUCCUCAAAUGCAACAUAAUCUCCGGAAUUAUACUGAAAUGUUGAGGACCUCGAUCCGUCCUUUGGACAUGUACAAAUCUUUACGAGGUCAAAUUCAGGUUGAUUCUCUGCCAGUAUCUACAUCAGAAAGUCCUCUAGCAGAUAAAGGAUGGUACUUCUUGCUUGGUAUGAUAGCAUUGACCAAGUUCAAAUCUCAGAAGCGACUCGGUCCCGGAACACAACUGGAUGACAUGCGCGUUGCUGCCACUUUUAUGAGGUUGCAGCUACAAUUUAGUUCGGAGGAUUGGGAAACGUGGUUCAGACUGGCGCAGUGCUUUGACUCAGAAUUAGAGGAGGAAGUUCUGUGGAGUGCUGAUAAAAUCAACAACCACCGAGCAGAACUUGUCAAGCUACAACGUGGGGCCAUUCAUAGUUAUAUGAUGGCGCUCUCUACCUCAGUUCGUUGUGCUGAUGAUACAGUCGCUACGGCGUCGAAGCUCUCAGAUAUGUAUUACGAAUUCGGCGUGCGACUGUAUGCUUCUUCCAGAGAACCGUUCGGUAUGGAAGCCUUCUGGGUUGACGGGUUCGAAAAACAUAUGAGUGGCUCUAUGGGCAUGUACAAACGUCCGUUACAUGAAGAAAUGAGUCGGUAUCGUGUUUGGAAAUUUGCGGCAACGCUGUUCAGAAAAGCCAUGGCUGACAAACCGAAGUACUGGAUGAACCACUACAUGUUGGGUAAAUGUCUUUGGAAGAUGUAUCGUAAGGCGAGCGACGAAUUUGACCCAGCAGUUCAAGCAACCAAACCGAGUGUCGAUGCUGUACUGGCUGCUUUUGUAAAAGCAAUCAAGACUGUGCCUAAACCUCGUGAUGGUCGGCAGGAACCAAUACUAGAGCCGCAUUACAAACUAGUAUCUGUUGUCCACAAACUUGUGUUGAUGGGAGCUAUGCCUCCCCAGGCCGGUGCUGAUCUGCUACAGCAACAGCCAUACGCCUAUUCGAAGGGAGAAGCUGUGGUCAUCAGUAGCCCAGCCGAAUGGGAGCCAUUUAUACUGGGUACUAUGAAACACCUACGCAAUGCAGACAAACAGCAUUGGCAUCAUCGUAUGGUAGCUCGUGUCGCUGGCAUUUUGUACGACGAGGAGCAACCUGACUACAAUCAAGCUCUUGCAGCUAGAAAUGAGUUUCGCGAAUCUAUCUUCACAAAGACUAUGCAUAUCCAAGUAUGGAAGCCAGAUGCGGAGAGAGCUGGCCGUCAUUGCGUUUAUAUGGAGCGCUAUGUUCGAUACAUUUGCAAGGUGCUUCUAAUUCUGAACGACAAAGCAAAUAUGGAUGCAUUGGCGAAACGAGUGCGGAAGAAGCCACAAGAAUUCUUCCAGUUUUCUGUUGUAUGGAAUGAAGUGUGCACAACUUAUCUCCGACUUAUCCGGAAAAAGGGUGAUAUACCGCCCAACAUGGACGAAGUGUUCAAAGGCAUUCCCAGUGAGGAGUUUGAUAUGCUUGCUGUUCGCCUUGCAGAGUGGGUAGCUAACCCGACAAUGGACCACCCAGCGCUGGAAGCCCUUCGCGAUAGCUAUGAGCUCAAAAAGCUGAAUGCAAACCAGAUGAAGCCGGCGCCAAUAGAUGAUUUGAUAAAUGACUCCUUUGCGGUCUUAUACACUCAAAUCGCAAAAGAUCUCCCUGGCCCAGAUCCGACACUUGCACGUGCCCAAGUAGACGGCGAAUCUGGAAGUGGUAACCCACGGCCAAUGGGUCCAAUGAGUCUCAACAAUCUUGUUAUGGACAUGGGUAAUGGCACACAAAUUCCUGUACCCGUGACUUUUGCUGGUUCAGAGCCUUCACGUCCUCGAAAGGUCGGUAUCAGUCGUCGGGAGGUUCUACGUCGUGCAGAGGUAGUCGUUGCUCGAAUGCCAGAGGCAGCCCGAGCUGCUGCUUCCGCGUCUGCGCGGCCACAAGCAGCGCAAGCCAGCAUUAUCCCUGGAUCUAAUGUUACCGCUGACCCCGAAGACGCUGACACCCCGGAUGACCGCAAAGAUGGGUCAGAUGGGCAAGAUGUCGAGCAGCCUGACCAAGAUCAUGACAAGUCAAUUGAUAACGAGCAAGAGGAAGAACAAGAAGAAGAUGGUGGUGAGGAACAAGAUCAAGACGAGAUCGAUGAAGAUCAGCCAGCAGGUGCUGAUACCAAGGAACCAAGUGAAUCAGCUAGGGGUAGUGUUCAUGACUCUGCGGAUGACGAAAGCGAUCUCAGCGAUGUUCCUGAUAUGGAAGAUAUAGAUGAGGCUCGACUUUUCCCCGAUCUGGUACGCCCACGUGUGGAUAACCACGAAGAUGAUCACGAAGAAGGAGAUGAUGGUAGUGAGGAGGAAGACGAGGAAGAAGAGGAAGAGGAGGAUGGGGAGGAAGCUGAGGAGGCGGAAGAGGAAGAGGAAGGGGAAGGGGAGGAGGGUGAUGAAAUGGAGACAUGA